AUGACUUCAGGCCCAGUCGAGCAGAUUACAUUCCGCACUGCUAUUGCUGCUGUAAACUCUACAGACCAUCUUCGAGUCUACUUUCAAGAUGUCAGUGGUGGUAUUCGUGAGAGCAGUUACGAAGAUGGUUGGAGUGGAGGAGUAAAUGUCCUUUCCAAGGGGAAACGCAACUCUCCCAUUGCUGCCGCUUUCAAGGGUCUUGAUAACAUCCGUCUCUACUUCCUCUCAUCGGACAAUACGCUCCGUGAAUUCGCUUACGACUCCAAUGUCGGGUGGUAUGAUGGCCCACUCAACAAUUUGAACUUCGCCGUAGCUCCCUACUCUCAGAUUGCCGCCACCGCUUUACUCGCUAACAAGGACCUUACCAUUCGUGUCUAUGUCCAACUCGCCGACAACACUAUUCAAGAGUAUGGAUGGGACAAUGCUACCAGUGGUUGGCAGAAGUUCGUCAACUUGGGAUCUGCGCUUCCUGGCACCAGCAUCGCCGUCACUUCAUAUAAAGGACCGUCAGGACUGAGUAUCAGACUCUACUUCCAAAAGCCAGACCGCUCAAUCACCGAACUCUGCCACGAUGCCCAAUCAACCUGGUACACAGGAGCCCUCUCCAUCCCCGCAUCCUCCACCACCCCUCGUGCAUCCCUAGCCUGCACCAACUUCAACGACACCGAAUCCAGCAUCAGCCUCCGCCUCUACUAUUCUUCUCCACGCAACAGUAUUCUUGAGAAGGGAUUUGAUGGUGAUGGUUGGUAUGAUGGCGCUUUUGAAGAGUCGACUAUUCCUGGCUCGAGGAUUGCAGCUAUUUCGUGGCAAGAUGGAGGCGAGAUUCAGAUCAGAAUUUACUUCCAGAAGGGAGAACAUGUCACGGCUGUUAGCGAGUGGGUUUGGAGUGGGGCUGGAUGGACUCCGGGUAUGGCUGCUCUGCCGCCUGCUUGAAAUGCUCGGGAAGUAUAAGCCGAAGGGUAUUGUUGCUGAGGUUAUCUCUUUGCUGCGAUUUGUUGCUUUCUGGUCGUCUCCUUUAUUAUCAUUUGUCUUUCCCCAAACAAUCACGCCCGAGUCUGGGUCUUACUGCCGAUAUUUCUUAUUGAUAUGUUUUGGAUUUUAGUUAUUGAGUAGGUCAAUCAUUUAGUAGCC